AUAAAUUGAAGUACAGGGACCUCAAGAUUAUUAUUCCCUAAACUUUACUUACAGAUCUAACAUCUCAACUGAAGUCAACCAUUGCAACAGACUUGAAGGGUUAAUUUCAGAAUUUUCAUCAGCAAUCUGAUUAAUCCACAAAGCUCAUAAGCUUCUUAAUCAGUCCAUUUCAAUGGCGUCUCAGCUCAAUCAACUUCAUUUUGUUCUGAUACCUUUAUUUUCACCAGGCCAUCUUUUACCCAUGAUAGACAUGGGCAAGCUUUUAGCAAUCCAUGGCAUGAUCGUCACUGUAGUAACUACACCGCUCAACGCUAUCAAAUUCCGAUCAUCCGUCGAGCAUUCCGUUCCAUCCGAUCUCAAAUUUCAAUUUCUCGAACUCCGGUUUCCGGCUGUUGAAGCUGGAUUGCCGGAAGGAUGCGAAAACAUGGAUCAGAUUUCUUCCAGGAACUUAAUCAGAAACUUCUAUAAUGCUUCAGGUAUGCUUCAGGAUCAAUUUGAAGAGUUGUUUGAAACAUUGCAGCCUCGUCCGAGUUGCAUAAUCGCCGGAAAGAAUCUUUCCUGGACGAUAAAAACAGCGGAGAAAUUCCGAAUUCCGAGAUUGUUUUUCGACGGAAUGGGUUGUUUUUCUUUCUCGUGUACGCAUAAACUCGAAGUGUCUAAAGUACACGAGACCGUCUCCAGGUUCGAGACUUUUGUAGUUCCUGACUUGCCUGAUCGUGUCGAAUUGACACGAGCCAAGCUACCUGAAAUACUGAGCCGUGGCUCGGAGGAUUUACGCGAUGUUCGAGAAAAUAUCAGAGCUAUUGAACUUACAGAAAUUGGGAUUAUAGUAAAUACAUUUGAAGAAUUGGAAACAGAAUACAUAAAAGAGUACAAAAAAGUUAAAGGAGACAAAGUUUGGUGUAUAGGACCGGUAUCAGCUUGCAACAAAACAGAGUUGGACAGAGCCGAAAGAGGCGAAAAGGCGUCAAUAAACGAGUCACGGUUGCUGAAAUGGCUUGACCUGAAGGAACCAGGGUCUGUAAUUUACGCCUGUCUCGGUAGCAUUUGUGGACUCACGGCUACGCAGCUCGUCGAGCUCGGUCUAGGGCUAGAAUCAUCAAAUCAGCCGUUCAUUUGGGUGAUACGAAAAGGCGAAAAAUCAGAGGAAUUAGAGAAAUGGGUAUGGGAAAACGAAUUCGAAAACAGAAUUAAAGAAAAAGGAAUUAUAAUUAGAGGCUGGUCCCCUCAAUUGUUAAUCUUAUCUCAUAAAUCAAUAGGAGGAUUCUUGACACAUUGUGGAUGGAAUUCAACGCUCGAAGGCGUAUCAGCUGGCGUUCCGAUAAUCGCCUGCCCGUUAUUCGCCGAGCAAUUUUACAAUGAAAAAUUGGUAGUUGAAGUGCUGAAAAUUGGUGUUAGUGUUGGAGUUGAGGCAGCAGUAUUAUGGGGGUUGGAAGAUAAAUUUGGACUAGUGAUGAAGAGAGAACAAGUCAAAUAUGCAAUUGAAAAAGUUGUUGAUAAAGGGAAAGAGGGGGAAGAUAGAAGGAAGAGAGCAAGAGAACUUGGGAAAAUUGCUAGAAAUGCAAUUGAAAAAGGUGGUUCUUCUUACAUUAACAUGGAAAUGUUAAUCCAAUAUGUCAGGAAUGCGAUAAUUUGAUAACGACGUGUUGUAAUAUAAUUGGCUUUAUUCACGAGUAAUAUGAAUAUAGUCUACUAUGAUUUUUUUCUUUA